GUAUAUUCUACGUGUCGCAUAAUUUAUUUACUUAGUUUAUUUCCCUGGGAGAGGAUUUCAAGAAACAAGCACUAUGUCGAGCCUGUAUGGUGGAUAUCUGUCUGUCUGGCCUCCUUUCGUUGUUCUUAAACUCAGCUAGGAGUGAGUAGGAAGACUUCAUUGCAAUACAUCCAUAAACAAGUACCUACUAGUUAGCUCUCAAAGCAGCUUCCAUUCCAGCACCUUCCAAACGAUGACAUUCUCAAGAGUUAACCCCAAGGUCCUUUCUCAGGGGGUGUAUUGCAAUAGUGACACCCCAGGGGCUGGAUCAUCUGAAAGACCACCCCUGUUAGCAAGGUAACCUCCGUACUUGCGUAUGGAGAUGUCUAGUCAGGUAGGUUAGUUACUGCCACUGUAUUGAGGGAUUAGAUUGGCGUGGUUCAACGGUUUUUUUUUCGAUAGAGGCUUUAGUCAUAUUCGCGCCAACGCACUACCUAUUAGGUACCUCGAAAUGUAGCUUCCUAGGUACAUAUCACAAGCUACUCCUAAUGUCUGUAGAGAAGCAGAUGGGCUCCCUAAGGUUCAGUAAAGAGACCUGAAGAGGAAGAUUGAGGGCAGAGCAGCAGGCCAUGGGGCGCCGACAAUGAAGAGCCUGCCUACCUCAGCUAAAACGCUUUCAACCGGAGCACUCAUCCGUCCUUGACUACUUACCUCUCCCAUUGCGGGAAGAAUUCGUCAUCACAGCGAUGCUACCACUUACCACACCUCUCAAUAAAAUAUCCCAUGAUACCUUAUUUCAGGAAUGUGUCAAGGCCGUCAAAAUUCCACGUUUGUAUCGACUACUUAGUAGCCGUGAGUUUUCGCACGGUAGGGCUCGUCAUCGAGGAAUAUCUCUAUCAUCACGAAAUCCUCAACGAGGUCGUAGAUCUUCGGUCCCGACAUCCCCGUCUCAUCUCCCGCGUUUCAAGCGUCUGCUGCUAAGGUCGAGCCAGUCGAUGCUCUUGGCUUGGACGCGAGACGCGCCAGUGAGCAGCCUUGGCCGUUUCUCAUCAUCCCCUUCUCCUGUUUCGAAGCCCUGCAUACGCAGCUCAUAUGGCAGUUAUAGAGGCCGAUGGAACCCUGGGAUGGUCGAUAGGCGUCUAGAAGUAGUUAACCGACACGGCGGUAUUGAAAUCAGAUCCGUCCUCGUCACCACAGACCGAGAGAGUAGAGAGUGGUUACGCAACAGCAUUAGCCAUGGCCACCAACUCGGUGCCAAACAGACCAACACAAAAAGACCUGUGAUGGAAUACCGCGUCAGUUCUUUGACGUUGGGUAGUCGAAGACUGAUCCGGCAGCGCGUUCUAGCUCUUCCACCGGACCGGCUUUCCAGCGGUGCAUCGGUGGCUGAAUCGAACCAAGAAAAGAGAAAGAAAGGGAAGGGAAGGAACCACAGUUCGGUGGGUGAAGCGCAUGUAUGGCGGAAAAUUUACACCCAGCUGAAGCGAAGAGCAUCUAUGCUUCGGUCAGGCAUACCAUUGAAGAUCCCAGAAACGGGAUUGGUGUCCCGCUUGCGCCACAGCUCGGUGCCAGCCGAGAUCACAUAUAACCCGCAUGGAUUGCUAAUAGCUCUCCCCCAAACGCAGUGCGACGAAGCACUCCGGUCGCCGAGGUGGAUUGAAGGAUUAAAGACCAAAACCUCCCGGUUACAAGUCGCCACUCGAAGUAUCGCUCAGCUGCAAUGUCGACAUAUCCCGGAUGAUAUCUGCUCUGGGGGAACGGUCAUCGGAGUGUGUGGUUGGACCUCCCCGAGCGGGAAGGUGUAAUAGUUUUUUGUUGAUGCUCGCCCUCGACCCUGGACUGGUUGUCAUAAUUGUCCGCCUUAGCGAGAGAAAAAAAGUUCAUGCGGCCCCUGAUUAGAUCUUAGGAAAGUAGGAAGA